GCGGUAUCCUAUGGACUGCAUACGUGUCUGCAAUCUGCCUUUCAUGUCCAAAAUGGCCCGAUACAUCCGGUUUAAAAAGGUCUUUCACCUUGGAUCUUGAUUUAGCUGAAGAAGCAACAAAGAGUUCAUUAUUGAGGCUGAAAAAAGAAAGAAUGGUGGCUCCACUGAUAGUAUCCUUCGGGGAAAUGCUCAUAGAUUUCGUCCCCGACACCGCCGGAGUUUCCCUGGCUGAGUCCACCGGUUUCCUCAAGGCCCCCGGUGGAGCUCCCGCCAAUGUCGCCUGUGCCAUCUCCAAACUGGGUGGCCAAUCUGCCUUCAUCGGCAAGUUUGGUGAUGACGAGUUCGGACACAUGCUGGUGGAUAUACUGAAGAAGAACGGUGUGAACAGCGAGGGAGUUUGCUUUGAUCCGAAUGCAAGAACUGCCUUAGCGUUUGUGACGUUGAAGAAGAAUGGUGAAAGAGAGUUCAUGUUUUACAGAAACCCUAGUGCCGAUAUGCUUCUGGAUGAAUCUGAGCUCAACAGGGGACUGAUAAAGCAGGCCAAGAUUUUCCAUUACGGCUCCAUAAGCUUGAUCUCCGAGCCAUGCAGAUCCGCUCACAUGGCCGCCAUGAAAACUGCAAAGGAAGCCGGUGUUUUGCUGUCUUAUGACCCGAAUGUCCGGUUACCUCUCUGGCCUUCUCCUGACGCUGCAAGAGACGGCAUCAAGAGCAUCUGGAACGAGGCCGAUUUCAUCAAGGUAAGCGAUGACGAGGUUGCCUUCCUCACCAAUGGGAACUCGGACAAUGAGGAUGUUGUCAUGUCCUUAAUACAUGACAAACUCAAGCUGCUUGUUGUCACUGAUGGAGAGAAAGGUUGCAGAUACUUCACAAAGAGUUUCAAAGGAAGAGUGCCUGGAUACUCUGUGAAGACAGUGGACACAACUGGUGCUGGUGAUUCUUUUGUGGGCUCUUUCCUCUUCUCCCUAGCCAAAGAUAUAUCCAUACUUGAGGAUGAGGGAAAGUUGAAGGAGGCUUUGGCCUUUUCAAAUGCAUGUGGAGCAGUGUGUACAACUCAGAAAGGAGCCAUUCCUGCACUCCCAACUCCAUCAGAUGCUCGUCAGCUCAUGGAUUCCAAGGCCAAAUGAUUCGAUUUUUUCCAUUCAUCUCUAUUCAUUCUCCUCUUCUCUCUUCAUCCUGCUCGUGCUUUCCAUCGG